AUGUUUCAUAUUGCUUUGGUGACUGGUGCUGCACGAGGAAUAGGAUGUGCAAUUGCUCUUCGUCUUGCUAAGGAUGGUUUCACUGUCGCUGUUAUUGAUUUAGAAGCUAGCUCUUCUGAUCUUCAAAAAGUUCAACAAGAAAUCGAAGAAAUUGGUCGAAAAUCGAUCGCUAUAACUGCUGAUGUUUCUGACAGUGAAUCAGUCGAAAAAAUGAUGCAAGAGGCUGCACAAAAAUUAGGAAUCUCAAAUGCAGGAAUUGUUGACACAAAAUUGCUCUUAGAUACAACUGUAGAAGAUUGGGAUACAGUUUUUGCAGUAAACAUGCGUGAUGUAUUUCUUUGUUGCAAAGAAGCAGCUAAAAUCAUGAUUAAACAAGGUAGAGGAGGAAAAAUCAUUGUUGCAUGUAGUACUCGUGGAUAUAAACCAUGGCCAAUGGUCGGUGCUUAUUCCGCCAAAAAAUGGGGUGUACGAGGUUUAACACAAGCUGCUGCUAUGGAAUGGGCUCCAUACAAUAUUACAGUCAAUGCUUAUUGUCCAGGUAUGCGUUAG